GACUCAUUCACAACACUGUCGUUUGUCAAUAAAAAACUCAGCCAACGGUGGCAAUUGGAAAUGUCCGAGGCUUCGCUCCGAGCUCCGCGAGAGAAGACCAGUAGCCAGUAGGAGAAGAAGAGUGAAACACACUCUAUAACCGUACCAGAUCACCAGAUCUAAUACACUCUCCUCUCCUCCUUUUCAGAUCUCUCUUUCGCAACUUGCAAAAGUCUAAGAUUGGGGAGAAUUGCGGAACGAGGGGAAUUUUGAUUGAAGAAAGUAAAAAUGGCGGGUGGUGCAGCUGGUGGUUUUGUUACACGGGCAUUUGAGUCGAUGCUGAAAGAAUGUUCGGGGAAAAAACAUCCAGAACUUCAGAAGGCUAUUCAGAAUUAUAUAGAUGGUACGAAAGAGGUCAAUCAGGUUCAGCCUUCCGCUUCCAGUGAGACAAACAAAGCUGCAUCGGUUGCUGGUGAUGAGAGUUCACUUGAAGAUGGAGCUGCAAAAUCUGAAACAGAGGAAAGCCAGUCACAAACAGUUCCUCACGAUGCCGAGGCUAUUCCAGUUGCUAAGCCAGUGAGCAUAAGUGCAACUAUUUCCACUGUCUUGGCAAGUGCUGGGAAUACUUUGGAGGGGUCUGUGGCAGAACUUGUGUUGAGUCCUCUUCGACUUGCAUUUGAGACAAAGAACUUGAAAAUCUUAGAAUCUGCUUUGGAUUGUCUUCAUAAACUCAUUGCAUAUGAUCAUCUAGAGGGAGAUCCUGGUUUAGAUGGUGGUAAAAAUGUACCAUUGUUUACAGACAUCCUGAACAUGGUUUGCGGCUGUGUUGACAAUUCAUCACCUGAUAGUACCGUUCUCCAAGUGUUGAAGGUCCUCCUUACUGCUGUGGCAUCCACAAAAUUCAGAGUCCAUGGGGAACCUUUACUUGGAGUUAUCAGAGUAUGCUACAAUAUUGCUCUUCACAGCAAGAGUCCUGUAAAUCAAGCAACAUCUAAGGCAAUGUUGACUCAGAUGAUCAGCAUCAUUAUCAGGAGGAUGGAGACUGAUCAGGGAGUUCAAGUAAUAUCCGGUUCUGUUGGACAAACGGAAGCUCAGAAUUCAAAGACCGUAGAAGAAACUUCACUGGGGGAUGAAAAUGACAAAGGAAUAACACUAGGGGAUGCACUUAACCAAGCUAAAGAGACAUCUCUUGCAUCUGUGGAGGAACUACAUAAUCUUGCUGGUGGCGCUGACAUCAAGGGUUUAGAGGCUGUCCUUGACAAAGCUGUGCAUAUUGAAGAUGGUAAAAAGAUAACACGAGGGAUUGAUCUUGAAAGCAUGGGCAUAGUCCAACGUGAUGCUUUGCUGGUAUUCCGUACCCUGUGCAAGAUGGGCAUGAAGGAAGAUAAUGAUGAAGUCACAUCCAAGACUCGAAUCUUGUCUCUUGAGCUCCUGCAGGGUUUGUUAGAAGGAGUAAGUCAUUCAUUUACAAGGAACUUCCAUUUUAUUGACUCAGUGAAAGCCUAUCUUUCAUAUGCUUUGCUGCGGGCUUCAGUUUCACAGUCCCCUGUCAUCUUUCAGUAUGCAACUGGAAUUUUCUUGGUGCUUUUGUUGCGUUUCAGAGAAAGUCUUAAAGGUGAAAUUGGCAUCUUUUUUCCUUUGAUUGUUUUACGAUCACUGGAUGGCUUGGAAUGUCCUGCUAACCAAAAAAUAAGUGUUCUACGGAUGCUUGAGAAAGUGUGCAAGGAUCCUCAGAUGCUUGUUGACAUAUUUGUAAACUAUGACUGUGAUCUUGAGGCACCAAAUUUAUUUGAACGCACGGUUACUUCUCUAUCUAAAAUAUCUCAAGGGACUCAAAAUACAGACCCUAACUUAGUUGCAUUGUCACAGACAACUUCAAUUAAAGGUUCAUCGCUUCAGUGUCUUGUGAAUGUCCUCAAGUCACUAGUUGAUUGGGAAAAUGCACGUAGAGAAUCAGAAAUCCAGCAUAAAAGUAUUCAGUCUCCUGAACAAGAAGCUUCAACUGGAGAAUCUGUGGAUGUGAAAACCAGGGAUGGUUUGACCAGUAACUUUGAGAAGGCAAAGGCCCACAAAUCGACAAUGGAAGCUGUCAUCGCUGAAUUUAACAGGAAACCAGUAAAGGGGGUAGAGUAUUUAAUAUCAAAUAAGUUGGUGGAGAAUACACCUUCUUCUGUGGCCCAAUUUCUGAGAAGUACUCCAAGUUUGGACAAGGCAAUGAUCGGGGAUUAUCUGGGCCAGCAUGAAGAAUUUCCUCUUGCUGUGAUGCAUUCUUAUGUAGAUUCCAUGAAGUUUUCAGGAAUGAAGUUUGAUACUGCAAUCCGUGAAUUUCUUAAAGGAUUUCGACUUCCUGGGGAAGCCCAAAAGAUAGAUCGUAUAAUGGAGAAGUUUGCAGAGCGAUAUUGUGCCGAUAAUCCAGACCUUUUCAAAAACGCAGAUACUGCAUAUAUUCUUGCAUACGCAGUUAUAAUGUUAAACACUGAUGCCCAUAAUCCAAUGGUGUGGCCUAAAAUGUCCAAGUCUGAUUUUGUCCGUAUGAAUGCUGCAAAUGAUCCUGAAGAAUCUGCUCCUACAAAUCUCUUAGAAGAUAUCUAUGAUUCCAUUGUUAAAGAAGAAAUAAAGAUGAAGGAUGAAGCAUUUGGUGUUGAAAAAAGUGGCAGAAAUAAACCGGAAGGUGAAGAGAGAGGCCGCUUGGUCAGCAUUCUUAAUUUGGCUCUUCCCAAGAGGCCGUCAACAACUGAUACUAAGUCUGAGAGUGAAGCUAUAAUUAAGCAAACACAGGCAAUAUUUCGGAAUCAAGGAAUAAAAAGAGGGGAAUUCCACACAUCUCAGCAGAUAGAACUUGUAAGGCCUAUGGUUGAAGCUGUGGGAUGGCCUUUACUUGCAACUUUCUCGGUUACAAUGGAGGAAGGUGAAAAUAAGGCUAGGGUUGUUCUUUGCAUGGAGGGAUUUAAGGCUGGAAUUCACAUCACACAUGUGCUUGGAAUGGACACCAUGCGCUAUGCUUUCUUAACAUCGUUGGUUAGGUUUACUUUCUUGCAUGCUCCAAAGGAAAUGCGUAGUAAAAAUGUAGAAGCUUUGCGGACACUAUUAGGUCUUUGUGACUCAGAGACUGACGCCCUUCAAGAUACAUGGAAUGCAAUAUUGGAAUGUGUUUCUCGGCUUGAAUUCAUUACAUCAACUCCUGCUAUUGCUGCUUCUGUUAUGCAUGGAUCAAACCAGAUUUCAAGAGAUGCUGUUCUUCAAUCCCUCAAAGAGUUGGCUGGGAAACCUGCUGAACAAGUAUUUGUUAAUAGUGUUAAGCUUCCCAGUGAUUCUGUUGUUGAAUUCUUCAAUGCUCUUUGUGGUGUAUCAGCUGAAGAACUAAAGCAAAGUCCUGCUCGUGUGUUCAGCUUACAGAAACUUGUUGAGAUCAGCUACUACAAUAUGGCUCGUAUACGCAUGGUCUGGGCUAGAAUAUGGUCCGUCUUGGCAAAUCAUUUUAUUUCAGCUGGGAGCCAUCCUGAGGAGAAAAUUGCUAUGUAUGCCAUAGAUUCUCUAAGGCAGCUUGGUAUGAAGUAUUUGGAGCGUGCUGAACUUGCUAAUUUUACAUUCCAAAAUGACAUUCUAAAACCAUUCGUUGUCCUUAUGCGCAAUAGUCGAAGUGAAUCCAUAAGGAGCCUAAUUGUUGAUUGCAUUGUCCAAAUGAUAAAAUCCAAAGUGGGGAACAUUAAGUCUGGAUGGCGUAGUGUUUUUAUGAUUUUCACAGCUGCUGCGGAUGAUGAUUUGGAAUCUAUAGUUGAUAGUGCAUUUGAAAAUGUUGAACAGGUUAUCUUGGAACACUUCGACCAAGUUGUUGGAGACUGUUUUAUGGAUUGCGUAAACUGUCUUAUCAGGUUUGCGAAUAAUAAAAGUUCGCACCGAAUCAGUUUAAAAGCUAUUGCACUUUUACGUAUAUGCGAGGAUCGUUUGGCAGAGGGUCUUAUACCUGGUGGUGCUUUGAAGCCCAUUGAUGCAAGUGGGGAUGAAGCUAUUGAUGUGACCGAGCAUUAUUGGUUUCCAAUGCUUGCUGGCUUGUCUGAUCUAACAUCAGAUCCAAGACCAGAGGUCAGAAGCUGCGCGCUUGAAGUUUUGUUUGAUUUACUAAAUGAGAGGGGUAAAAAGUUUUCAUCGUCUUUUUGGGAGAGCAUAUUCCAUCGUGUUUUGUUUCCCAUUUUUGAUCACGUGAGACAUGCUGGAAAGGAAAACUCACUUUCUUCUGAUGAUGAUUUACUGCGUGAAACAAGCAUUCACUCACUUCAAUUGCUGUGCAACCUUUUCAACACUUUUUAUAAGGAGGUUUGUUUUAUGCUGCCACCACUUCUCAGUUUGUUGUUGGAUUGUGCUAAAAAGACAGAUCAGUCAGUGGUUUCAAUAUCCCUUGGUGCAUUGGUGCAUCUCAUAGAAGUUGGCGGGCAUCAAUUCAGUGAGCGCGAUUGGGAUACUUUGUUGAAAAGCAUUAGAGAUGCUUCAUACACCACACAACCGCUUGAACUUCUUAAUGCUUUGGGAUUUGAGAACAACAAACCAUUAAUUAAAGAUCAAGAGGUCAAUUGGGCUGAUAGCUCUUCCCCACAUGCUGCUGAUAUUCAUCAAUUUGAUGUAAAUGACGAUGGAAAGGUACCUCCAUUGACACCCAGCAGUGUCGAUGGUGCUGGAAGAACUCAUAGUACUGCAGCCUUCAUUGACCAUAAUCAACAAUCAGGGCUGCGUGUGAACUUGGAUGGUUCUGAAGGCCUUCCCUCACCGUCUGGAAGAAGUCCGAAACCUGCCGAAGGUGGUAGCCUCCAACGGAAUCAGACAAUAGGUCAAAGAAUUAUGGGAAACAUGAUGGAUAAUCUUUUUCUCAGAAGUCUUACCUCAAAAUCCAAGAGUAGUGUUUCUGAUGCUUCAGUGCCAUCAUCUCCUAUUAAGGUCCCUGAUGCCGUGGAACCUGAUGCCAAAGAUGAGGAGGAAAGUCCACUUAUGAGUACCAUUAGGGGAAAAUGCAUCACUCAGUUAUUACUUCUUGGUGCCAUUGACAGUAUACAGAAAAAAUAUUGGAGCAAGUUGAAAGUAGCACAAAAGAUUGUUAUAAUGGACAUCUUGCUAUCUCUAUUAGAGUUUGCUGCUUCAUAUAAUUCAUAUACCAGCCUCAGAACACGCAUACACCAACUACCUGAUGAAAGGCCACCUUUAAAUCUUCUCCGGCAAGAAUUAGCUGGAACUUGCAUAUAUCUAGACAUUUUACAGAAAUCAACCUCUGGGUUUAAUGACAAGACGGAUGAUGAUGUUUCUACCAACAAUGAUGAUAUUCGGCACUCUAAUGAAGAAGAUAAACUUGAAGGAAUAGCAGAAGAGAAACUAGUGUCUUUCUGUGAGCAGGUACUCCGGGAAGCUUCUGAUUUGCAGUCCACUGUUGGUGAGACCACUAACAUGGAUAUUCACCGAGUUCUGGAGUUGCGGUCUCCUGUCAUUGUUAAGGUACUUAAUGGCAUGUCCUAUAUGAACAAAAAGAUUUUCAGAAGACACCUAAGAGACUUUUAUCCUCUGCUUACAAAGCUUGUAUGCUGUGACCAGAUGGAUGUACGCGGAGCUCUUGCUGAUCUUUUCAGGGUGCAACUAAAAGCUCUUCUGCCAUAGCUUCGUCAACUCUCUGAGAAAGGAAUGGAUUUCAACAUCACUGCCGAGCUGCGAGUGCUCAGCCUGUAGCUAACACCGUAUUGUUUCUUCGUAUAUUUUUAUGCCCACAUUUUGAUUUGUUCAGAAACUGGCAUUAUUUUAUUUCUCAUUUUCUCCGGUUAAUUUACUGUAUCGAUUUUAUGGUAGUGAAAUAGAAAGAGAGGUAGGAGAAAAGGAAAAGUAUGUUUUUGAAUUUUAUUGUGUAUCAAUACCCCGAUUUUGUUACUUUAUAGUUAAAAGUAUCCCUAGAUAUUAUGCUGGGAUCCCAUAGUGAUUAGCAACUAUUUGAUUUAUUAAUUUCAAUAAGAUGAUGUAGAGUGUAUUGUUGUA